AUGGCCUCGGCCCUCACAGCGAGCCCAUACAUCAGCCAGUCACCAGUCUACACACGAUCUCCUCAGCCUCCGCCCUCGCCACCAAUUGACGAGCCGAGCAACCUCCGCACCCUACCUUCCAUUCAAAGUCUAAUCGGAAUGGAUGUACCUCCACCAAACGAGGAGCAGCAUUUCGAUGCCGAAGGCCAGCCCAUCGAGCAACAACCGCAAGGCGCCGACCAUCAAACAGCAGGCCAUCGACCGCAUACAUACGGUCAACCAACCGUGAGCAAUCCAAAUGCUGUACCGCCAUCACCUCCCAUUGACCCGCAGCUUGGUUUUGACGCUUCCCACCAGUCUCCCUCUGCUACAUCUUCGCACUCCUCCACCUCUGGUCCCCAGUAUUUUGGAGGCACGAUUAACAAUCUCGAGCCCCACCAGCAGCGCCAGCCUCCUUCGUCAUCCACGCACCCUGGGCAUUCAACAUCAUCACAAGCAACACAAUCGCCAUACCCGAAUUCGCCUUAUCCCCCUUCGCCAUCAGCAGGAUCGAACUAUUCAUAUCCUUCACCGGCCGUUACAGGAGCACAAACCAUGUACUACCAGCGACCGCUUCCAAACAAUUUUCCGCCGCCCAAUAUUCCAGGUGCCUCCAAUCCUUCAGCUCCGAAUUCUCAAGAUGCAUCUCCAGUAGACCCGAACAACCCCAGCCAAUGGCAACAGCAACAUCAACAUCAUCACUACAUUGCGCCGUCUUCCUCGACCAAUUUUACUGGCCAGUCGCAGGAUCGAUACGUCUGCCAAGUGUGCAACAAAGCUUUCUCUCGACCAUCAAGUUUAAGGAUCCACAGUCACUCGCACACCGGUGAGAAGCCAUUCUUGUGCCCCCACAAAGGAUGUGGUAAAGCUUUCAGCGUGAGAAGCAACAUGAAAAGGCACGAGCGAGGCUGUCACGGCGGCGGAAGCCCCGGGAGCACAUAG